GUGCAACAAAAAUUUAAGUCAUCUUUAAAUAUGAAAAUAAAUUACGAGAAAACAGUAAAAAGUGUCGAAGCAUUUGAUAUUCGUUUUCCUACAAGUUUAUCUGGAGAUGGAAGUGAUGCUAUUCAUAGUGAUCCCGAUUAUUCUGUUUGUUAUGUUAUAAUUAGGACAAAUGAUGAUUUAAAAGGUCAUGGAAUGACGUUCACACUUGGGAAAGGGACAAACAUUGUGUUAAAUGCUGUUGAAAAUCUGAAGUUUCUCGUGGAAAAUCAAUCGCUUAAUGAAAUAUACAAAAAUUUUGGUCUUUUCUGGAGAAAGUUGACAAGCGAAUCUCAAUUGAGAUGGCUUGGACCUGAGAAAGGUGUAAUGCAUCUUGCAGUUGCAGCAAUUGUGAAUGCUCUCUGGGAUUUAUGGGGAAAGUUGGAAGGAAAACCUGUUUGGAAACUUUUAACUGAUAUGGAACCUGAAUUUGUUGUGACUCUUCUUGACUUUCGAUACUGCACCGAUGUUUUAACCAAAGAUGAAGCAAUUCAGCUUCUCAAGAAAGGGAGUGAAGGGAAAACCCAACGAGUUGAAGAAUUGCUUGAAACAGGCUAUCGGGCAUAUACAACAGCAACCGGAUGGCUCGGUUACAGUGACGAAAAAAUGAUCGAACUGUGUCAGAAAUAUAUGAAAAAAGGUUUCGAUGCAUUCAAAAUUAAAAUUGGUCAAGAUUUGAAACGCGAUAUUGAACGCUGCAAACUGAUGAGAAAUCAAAUUGGAUACGACAGAACAUUUAUGCUUGAUUCUAAUCAAAUUUUUGAUGUUGAUCAAGCGAUUGAUUGGGUGAUUAAAUUAAAGGACUUCAAACCUUUAUGGAUUGAAGAGCCAACAAGUCCAGACGAUAUUUUAGGACAUGCGAAAAUUGCAGACGCUCUAAGGCCAUUCAAUAUUGGAGUUGCAUCCGGUGAAAUGAUUGCCAAUCGUGUAGUGUUUAAGCAAUUCUUCCAAGCCAAUGCUUUCGAGUUUUGUCAAGUCGAUUCAGCACGCAUUGGAGGAGUCAAUGAGAUUUUACUUGUUUAUUUGAUGGCAAAAAAGUUUAACAAGAAAGUUUGUCCACAUGCAGGAGGUGUUGGAUUAAGUGAAAUGGUUCAACAUUUACAAUUUUGGGAUUAUACUUCAGUUUCUGGCUCAAAAGAAGGUCGAUAUAUCGAGUUUGUAGACCAACAGCAUGACCAGUUUGUCAACCCAGCUAUUGUUCAGAAUGCUUGUUAUAUUGCUAAUUUAUCAUCAGGUUAUAACACUGAAUUAAAAGCUGAAUGCGUUGAAAAAUUCCAAUACCCAAUGGGAAGUGAAUGGCAAAAAUUGCUUAAAACAAACCUUUAUGCCAAUUCUUCAAUGUAGACAAUUAGAAAUGGACUUUAAUGUACACCUGGAAAUAAAUAGCAGCAAGAAAUAAAGAAAACAAAAAUUAUUAAAGAAAAGAAUGAUCUGUGAA